AUGUCUUCCCCAAAGGGUUUAUCAUUGUCCGGUUUAUCUUCAGCAGCGUCUUUGGAUCCAUUGAUUGGGAAGCAAGUUUAUACUAGAUGGUCCCCUGGCGGCCCUUUCAUUGAGGGUGACAUAAUUGAAUAUGACCCUGCCAAGGACAUGUAUAAAGUGGCCUAUAAUGCUAAUACUCCAAAUGAGUUUUGCGAUUGGAUUGAUAUGAAAGAGAUCUUACCACCGAAUGUAGAAUGGGAAGGGAUUAAUCAUAUAGGAGUACCAAGUACUGUCGAACAAAAUGGACAAGACAGCGACAAUGAUAAUGCAGAAAAAGUGAAGAUAUCUACAGAGAAGAGUACAAUGUGUAGUCGAUCUCAAGGCUACCACAAAACCCAAAAGUGA